AGAACAAGGAAUUGGAGCUCCCAUAUCCAGCGUUUGCACUUUGCAGGCCCUUCAGGCAGUCGCUGCCAGAGAAAACGGGUGACGCUAACCCAAAUGUCAAACCACUAAUAUACAGAUGCGUGUUCAUCAGGCGCAGUCCAGCUUCUAUUUUCCCAGGAAACAAACGAACCCCACCCUCUGCCUUCUCCCUUUUGUAUAACCCAUCUCAAAGAACAAAAACGGAAUAUCGUAAUUGAUAACAGGCACGCCCAUGGCGUCCUCCUCUGUCGUUGCCCCUCCUCCUUCCUCAUCAUUCAUUUCCAACAAGAAAGAUGCGAGUCUAUCAGCUUUUUCUUCACCAGUACCAUUUUCCAUACCCAAAUGCAAGAAACAAGCUUUGAGGAGGAUCGUGUCAGUUAUGGCGCCACAGCAGGCGGAGCGCAGGCCUGCCACCACUGGAUCAGUCAAGACUGCUAUGACCAUGACUGAGAAGAUCCUGGCAAAGGCCUCUGAGAAACCCCAUUUGGGUCCAGGUGAGAAUGUUUGGGUCAAUGUCGAUACCUUGAUGACCCAUGAUGUUUGUGGCCCUGGUUCCAUCGCAAUCUUUAAAAAGGAGUUUGGGUACUACUUGCUUGUGUGGAACAGAGAGAAGAUUGUCAGUAUACCUGACCACUAUAUAUUUACAAGUGAUGAACGUGCAAACCAUAAUGUGGAUAUUUUGAGGGACUUCUGCAUGGAGCAAAAUAUAAAGUACUUUUAUGAUAUUAAAGAUCUGAGCAAUUUCAAGGCUAACCCCGACUAUAAAGGUGUAUGCCAUAUUGCACUUGCCCAAGAAGGUCAUUGCAGGCCUGGAGAGGUCCUUUUAGGUACUGACUCGCACACCUGUACUGCUGGAGCAUUUGGCCAGUUUGCUACUGGAAUCGGCAUCACCGAUGCAGGUUUUGUGCUUGGAGCCGGGAAACUUCUGCUCAAGGUUCACCCAACUUUAAGAUUUGUCAUGGAUGGCGAAAUGCCUGAUUAUCUGCUUGCAAAAGAUUUGAUUUUGCAAAUUAUUGGUGAAAUAUCUGUGUCGGGUGCCACAUACAAAUCCAUGGAGUUUGUUGGCUCUACUGUUGAAAGUCUAAGUAUGGAAGAACGGAUGACAUUAUGCAACAUGGUCAUUGAAGCUGGGGGAAAGAACGGUGUGGUCCCUGCUGACAGUACUACAUAUAAGUAUCUGGAGAAUAAGACAUCUGUGCCAUAUGAACCAGUUUACAGUGAUAGCCAAGCAAGAUUUCUUUCGGAGUAUCGAUUUGAUAUCUCAAAGUUGGAGCCCUUGGUGGCAAAGCCCCAUUCCCCUGAUAAGCGUGCAUUGGCAAGAGAAUGCAAAGAUGUGAAGAUUGACAGACUAUAUGUUGGAUCUUGUACUGGUGGGAAAACAGAGGAUUUCAUGGCUGCAGCCAAAAUUUUUCUAGCUUCGGGAAAAAAGGUUAAAGUUCCCACAUUCCUUGUCCCGGCCACCCAAAAGGUUUGGAUGGACGUAUAUAGUCUCCCUGUGCCAGGAUCGGGAGGCAAGACUUGCUCCCAGAUUUUUGAAGAGGCCGGUUGUGACACCCCUGCAAGUCCUAGUUGUGGUGCUUGUUUGGGUGGCCCUAAAGAUACUUACGCACGCAUGAAUGAACCUAAGGUCUGUGUAUCAACAAUAAAUAGGAAUUUCCCUGGCCGGAUGGGACAUAAGGAAGGCCAGAUAUAUCUUGCUUCACGUUACACAGCAGCAGCUUCUGCUUUAAUGGGUUAUGUUACUGAUCCCAGAGAAUUCCUUCACUAGGCUGUUGUUCACCAAUUUUGUUCUACGAAGAGAAUUCUGCAGUAGGCUACAAUAAAGUUUGUUCUGUGUAUCAUUGCGAGUAUGUACGCCUUGAGCACUCUUCCCAGAUAGUUCUUCGGUAUUCUGUAGUGCUAAUAUACUUUUUCCCUGUUUAGUGCCAAUCAUCUCACCUUUUUAGCUGCAACUUUAAUGGUGGAGCUGAAGUGAGGAUGGAUCUUUUGUACCGUUUGAAGAAAGACUGAAUAUUAUUACUUAUAUAGUUGGUAAUAAAGCUUUUUGUUUGCUGUAGUAUGUCCAUUUUACUAAAAUUGUAUUGGAAGAGUAACUGCACAAGGAUUUUGUUGUAGCAUAUUGGUAUUUCUUGGUCGUGAAUAUUAUCA